UUUUGGUACUUUUAGACUACAUCGUUUCUUUGGCAGACGGCUUUCUUCGUGUGUUUUCGUUAGUAGUUGGUUACGGUCAGUUUUAAACUGUUUUAAAAGAAUCAGAUUUUGCUGCGCUUUUCGAAAAAGUAAUAUUCUUAAAUAUGGCACUCCGUCUGUUUCGCUUGAGUCAAGAUGUAGUCACACCGAUUAUUAAACGGGGUUGCACUGCAUCGGCUUUUGAACUGCAGCACAAGAGUCCGAUUCAGAAGAGGAUAGAGAAGAUUCCGGUGGCGCAGUAUGGCGGACGGCACACGGUAACGAUGUUGCCGGGUGGUGGCAUUGGCCCGGAACUGAUGAACUACGUAAAGGAGGUGUUUCGCUUUGCCGGCGUUCCCGUGGACUUUGAGGUGGUGGACAUCGAUCCGUCCAGCGAGGGAAACGAAGAUUUGGAGUACGCCAUUACGUCCAUUAAGCGAAACGGUGUUGCGAUCAAGGGAAACAUUGAAACGAAGUCGGAAAUGACGGGAAUCGUCUCGCGUAAUGUAGCUCUACGCAAUGAGCUCGAUUUGUUUGUAAACGUGCUGCACUGCAAGUCGUUCAAUGCCAUCCCGGCGCAUCACCAGAAUGUUGACGUCGUAAUAAUCCGUCAGAACACCGAGGGUGAAUAUGCGAUGCUGGAACAUGAGAGUGUCCAGGGCGUGGUGGAAAGUAUGAAGAUUAUCACGGCCGAGAACGCCGCUCGGGUGGCACGGUUUGCGUUUGAAUUCGCUCGUACGAAUAACCGCAAGAAGGUAACCACCAUCCAUAAGGCCAACAUCAUGAAGCUGGCGGAUGGCAUGUUUCUGAAAAUGGCCCGUGAGGUGGCUAAAGAUUAUCCGGAUAUUCAGCAUAACGAUAUGAUUAUUGAUAACUGCUGCAUGCAGCUGGUGUCUAACCCGCACCAGUUCGAUGUGAUGAAUACGACCAACCUGUACGGAAGCAUCACUUCCAACGUGCUGUGCGGACUGGUCGGCGGGGCUGGUUUGUUCUCCGGCAGGAACUAUGGUGACCAUUAUGCCGUUUUCGAGCCAGGUACCCGUAAUACCGGAACCGCCAUUGCCGGUAAGAAUGUUGCCAAUCCGGUGGCUAUGUUGAAUGCGGCUGUCGAUAUGCUGUACCAUUUGGGCCAUCGUUUCCAUGCUGACAGUAUUUCCGAUGCGAUCCACAAGACAAUCGAUGCCGACGGAAUUCACACGCCUGAUUUGGGUGGACAAAACACAAGCACCGAAAUUGUUCAGAACGUCUUGCAACACCUGGCCGAGAAAAGAACGUACUGGUAA